UAUCGCUUUAUUAUCACCUAACGAAACAUUCAGUUUAGUUCAAGUGUAAAGAUAGAAAGAAAUGACUAUUACCUUGUACUUUGCCGAUGCUAGUCCACCAGCAAGAAGUAGCAUUCUAACUAUAAAAGCACUGGGAUUAAAAAAUGUAACGUUUAAGCGUGUGGAUUUAAUGCAAAGGGAACAACAUAAACCGGAAUUUCUAAAAUUAAAUCCUCAACAUACGGUUCCAACCUUGGUCGACGAAGAUGGUUUUACAGUUUGGGAUAGUCAUGCAAUUAAUACAUAUUUGGCCAGCAAGUACGACGAAAAAAGUUCUUUCUAUCCAAAAGAUUUACAGAAAAGAGCAAUUAUAGACCAAAGACUUCAUUUUAGCUGUGGCACAUUAUUUCCACGAAUUGCAAGAACGUUUGUAGGUCUUUUGUUUCAUCCAGAAGCCGGGAUUUCCCAGGAAUCUAUUGACGAAAUAAAAGAAGCUUAUGGCUUCCUGGAAAAGUUCCUGGAAAAGGGGAAAUAUAUUGCCGGAAAUGAACUUACUGUUGCAGACUUCAGUCUAGCAACGGAAGUUGUUUCGAUCGUGUAUUGCCCGCCUUCGCCAGAUGAAUUUCCAAAAAUCACUGCCUGGAUUAAGAGAAUGAAAGAGUUACCGUAUUUCGAUGAAGUCAACGAAAAAGCACUUCAGAUACUUCAAGCACUCGUAAACCCAAAACCUGCUUAAGAAAAUUUGUGGUAAAAUAUUUUUGUUUAAAUAAUAAAUUGACUUCGAUCCAAAUACGA